CGUGACUCAACUCUUUUGCCGAGGAGGGGAGACACGUCCAUCGCCGGAUCGGAAACAGAUCUCUGGCCGCGCGUGCUCCUCCGAUCAUCAUCAGACGCCGACGACGACGACGUUAAAUUAGUUGACAAUAAUAAUAUAUAAUAUAAUGCCGGAGCAAAAUGUGUCCCCCUCCUUGGACGUCGACGAUGAGGAGGAGGACAACCGCAGCAUCAUCAUAAACGAUGAAGCGGACCAGGAAUUCCUGUCGGAGCCGAUCCAUUUCGGCCCGGAAUCUCAGGACGACGACGAGGAUGACGACGACGGCGAAGAGAUGAAGCUGUCGGCGAAGAUGGCGUUGCUGGAUUUCCGGGGCCGGAUAGAAGACGCCAUUCUCAGCAACUACCUGGUGUACAACAAGAAGAAGAACGACACCGAGAAGGUUAUCUUCUCGAAGAGGAACCUGGAAAACCAGAGGGAUAUGACGCUAUGGGGGGUGCCAUUGUUGUCGAGCAAGGGGCACCAGGGGACGGACGUGGUCCUGAUGAGUUUCUUGAAGGCGAGGGAUUACAAGGUGGCGGAGGCGUUCAAGGCGCUGCGGAAGGUGCUGCGGUGGCGGACAAAGCACCGAGUGGACGGGAUUCUGGACGAGGAAUUCAGCCCGGAGGUGGAGAAUAUGUGGUUCACCAACGGGAAGGACAGGAAAGGGCGGCCGAUUUGUUACCAGGUGCUGGGGAAUUUCAAGAAGAAGGAUUUGCAGAGAGAAAUCUGGGGGACACAUAAUCAGCACCGGAAGGAGUUAGUCCGGUGGCGGAUUCAGUGCCUGGAGAAGGGAAUCCGGCUGCUCGACUUCAAACCCGGCGCCCAACACUCCUUAGUUCUCGUCACGGAUCUCAGGAACUCGCCGGGAACCGCCAUGAAAGAGGUCCGCUGGAUUACCAGGAAAAUGCUACGUAUAGUUCAGGAUAAUUAUCCAGGACUCAUCUACAAGAAUAUAGUGAUAAACGUUCCUAUCUGGUAUUCCACGUUCCAUGCAUUCAACCUACGAGUGAUACAACAAAGAAGCAAGACCAAGUUCAUCUUUGUUAAGCCAGCAAGAGUUACAGACACACUCCUCAGGUACAUUCCAGCUGAACAAUUGCAGGUGCAUUAUGGUGGCAUCAAAAGAGAUAUAGACGAUGAGUUCUCCCCGGAGGACAAAGUCCUAGAGGAAACCCUAAAACCAAGCAUAAUUUCCACCAUUAAGAUUCCUGCCAAUCAGGUUGACAUGACAAUAACGUGGGAUUGGAUGGUGGUGGGGAACGAGGUGAUGUACAAGGAAGAAUUCGUCCCGGAAGACGAUUGCUCCUAUAACGUGUUGCUUCAAUCGGACAAGAAAUUAACGGGUUUAGUCAGGAAUUCGUUCCACAUUAGAGAACCUGGAGAGAUAGCCAUCACCAUUCACAACCUCACAUCAAAGAAGAAAAGGGCUUUCUAUAGGUCUAAGACCAAACCCAGUGUGUACCAGUUUACAAGGUCCACAAGUGAUCCGAUCCCUAGCUAAUUUUAUUUUAUUUUGGUUUUUUCUUUUUAUUUUUUCCUUUUUUGUUUAAUUUAACCUCUUAUCUUCUUCUUGUUCGUUUGGAUUGUUAACUUCAUGCAAUGGUAAAUACACAAAUUCAUUCUUGGCCUUCUUGUCA